AUGACUCGCUUCCGGCCGUGUAUCGACCUCCACGCGGGACAGGUGAAGCAGAUUGUGGGCGGCACGCUCGACAGCAGCAACGCUUCCAAGCUGCAGACCAACUUUGUAUCAGAACAGCCCGCGGGGCACUAUGCGCAAUUAUAUCGGGACAACGCCCUUACUGGGGCGCACGUCAUCAUGCUCGGACCGGGCAACGACGAGGCGGCGAAGCAGGCGAUUGCAGCGUGGCCCAACGGACUACAGGUCGGGGGCGGCAUCAAUGACAAGAACGCGGGCGAAUGGAUCGCGGCCGGCGCGGAAAAGGUAUGUUUAUUUACGCAGGUUAUUGUGACAUCGUUUUUGUUCCCUGGCGGGCAGUUUAGCCAGAUCCGACUGGACUCUGUCCUCAAGGUGCUCGGCGGCGACAAGGAAAAGCUGGUCAUUGACUUGAGCUGUCGCCGGCGCGGGGAAGGCAAGUGGUUCGUGGCCAUGAACAAAUGGCAGACGAUUACAGACAUGGAAGUCGAUGCAGAGUCGAUCCAGCAACUGGAGCCUUAUUGCAGCGAAUUCCUGAUUCAUGCGGCAGACAAUGAGGGGCUCCAGCAAGGGAUAGACGAGGAGCUCGUAUUGCGGCUGGCUGAGUGGUGCUCCAUCCCGGUGACGUACGCCGGUGGCGGACGAACUCUGGACGACCUGGAACGGGUCAAGAAGCUCAGCGAGGGCAAAGUUGAUCUGACAAUAGGCAGUGCGCUGGAUUGCUUUGGGGGCACGGGAGUCAAGUUUGACGACUGCGUAGAGUGGAAUAGACAGCAAUGA